GGCCUCGCUCCCCACCAGAACGGACGGCCGCACCUGCACGCGCCGCCGGAGCGCGCUCCCCACCUUGACGCCCUCCGCCACCUCGCUCCCCUCCCGUAGCCGCAGGCGCCCCGGCGUUCCCGUCCCCCGCCGCCUCCUCCUUCAACGGCGCCGGGCCGGGUUCCAUCCCAACUCGCCGGUCACCCAAAGGGGCUGGGGCAACCAUGCCCAAAGUUAAGAAUCCUCAUGUCUUCAUGGACAUAUCAAUAGGUGGAGGCAGUGCUGAGAGGAUCACAUUCGAGCUGUUUGCAAAUGUAGUCCCGAGGACCGCAGAGAACUUCCGAGCACUUUGUACUGGUGAAAAAGGCCUUGGAGCAUCCACACAGAAACCACUUUAUUAUAAGGGAACAAACAUCCAUCGCAUAGUUAAAGGGUUUGUUGCUCAGGGUGGUGAUUUUUCAAGAGGAGAUGGACGUGGUGGAGAGAGCAUUUAUGGUGGAAAAUUUCCAGAUGAAAACUUCAGGCUAAUGCACGAUCAGCCUGGUGUGCUGUCCAUGGCAAAUGCUGGACCAGACACCAAUGGGUCCCAAUUUUUUAUAACAUUCAAGCCUCUACCUCAUCUUGAUGGCAAGCACGUGGUCUUUGGGAAGGUGGUCAGUGGAAUAGAUUUGCUUAAGAAGCUUGAGGCAGUUAGUGGUGAAAAUGGAACUCCUACUCGCCAAGUGAAAAUUGUAGACUGCGGUGAAGUCUCUAACAUAAAUUCUCAAGAUCAGCUACAGGGAGAGAAAGAGAAGAAGCUAAGAAGAGCAAAUGCUAACUCCAAUGCUGAAGGGAGAACAAAAUCCAAAAAAGCAUCCAGUGAUGAUAAACACAGAAAGAAGAGAAAACACUACUCAUCUGAUUCAUAUAGUUCAGAUACUUCAGACUCACGAUCCUAUUCCUCAGAUAGUGGUUCUGAGUCAGAAUCAUACUCGUCAUCAUCAUUGGAUACUAGCUCAUCCAGUGAUCAUAGGCGUAAGAGAAGAAAAGGUUCUAAGAAAGAUAAGCAUAAGCCUACAAAGAAGAAGGGUAAACAUACGAAGAGUAAGAAAAAGAGUAGAGGAUCUAAAAGGAGAUCUAGACGGAGCUAUGGGAGUUCAAGUGAUGAUUCAAUAAGCUCAAAGACAGAUAACAGCAGUUCUGACAGUGAAAGUGGGGGCCGCGGCACCAAGCGUUCCAAACGGAAAGCAGACAAAGAGAGUACCAAAAUGACAAUUUCAGAACAAGGAAGAACCUUUGAAGAUGUAGACAAAGGCAAACACAUGGUUACUGCUGUCCACCAUUCACAUGAUGGGAGUAAACCCUCAAACAAAGAUGAAAAUGGGGCUGAUGACAAAUCUGCAAAUUACAAUCCAGAAGAUAGGAAUGAUCGAGUUGCAAGCUCCAGGAUCAAUCCCAUCCAGGCUGAUGUAAAUUUAACAAAGCCAGGAAGCGCAGAUGGCAACAAUGGUGCUGAUACUGCAGAGGCUGGCAUGUCUAGAACUGGUACAGAAAGGCACCUGCCAAGCAAUGAACCUGUGGCCACCAAUGGUAAAGAUGUAGCUAUGGGCUCUGCAGACAAUGGACAGCCUCAACGAAUCAGGAAAGGACGUGGUUUUACACAGAAGUAUGGAUAUGCUCGGCGGUACAGGACACCAUCUCCAGAGCGCCCUCCUGUUCGGCCCCGCUAUGAUGGAGGAAGAGAUGAUAGAUGGAACAAUUUCAAUAGGUAUGGAAGAAAUGGUCCUUACAGUAGACGCUCGCCAGUAAGGAGAUACCAUGGCUCCCCAAGAGCCAGUAGCCCAUACAGGUACCCAAGGAGAGAUCGAAGCAGGAGCAGAUCACGCAGUCCGGUAAGACGCCGUGACCGUGGAGGGUAUCGCCGCCCCAGCCCAAGACGCAGCCAUAGCCCUGCAGAACAAACAAGACGCAACGCGAGCAACAGGCUCCCUCGAUCAGGCCAUGGUGGAGGCGGCCCGGACCACCGUGGCAGCAGCCCCACUGUCAACAAAGGACGCUCAAGGUCCAGGUCGAAGAGCCGUGACCCCUCGAGGUCCAGAUCCCCCGAAGCUGCCCCAGCCAAGAGGGAGAGCUCGAGAUACAACCGCAGGCGCAGCAGCAGCUCCAGAUCCAGCAGCCCUGAUGGAAACAAAGGCCUGGUUUCGUACUGAGAUGUGACAAUUGCGCAAUUUCCAGGCACCUAGAACUCAUGUUUCAUGCUAGUUUAGUAUUCUGUACGCUUUUGUAAUGGCUUGUCUCAAAUCGCUUUCUAUGUAGUUGUACAUUUGGCUGUUCUGUUGGACUUAAAAAUGUUUCGUAUAUCAGAAGAUUUUUAGACUAGUUUUGAGUUGGUA